UCCAUGACUACCGAAUACAUAUCAACCUCGCAAACAGCGUAAUACUACAUACAAAUUAAAUGUUAUUUUAUACUUGUAUAAUUUAAGUAUAGUAGUUAUAUUAUCGAAGCAUACAGAUGUAAUUUUAUCUAACAGUGUGCACUAGAUUUUGUUUAAUUAUAUUUAAUUCUCAUUGCUAAAUAAUAUUCAGUGAAAUGUACUCUUUUUAUAAUGAAAUUCAGUGUUUAGACUAUAAUGUUUUAAUGUGCUGGUGUAUUUUUAGGAACUGGUAGGGAAUUUAGAAGUUUAAUACUGUUAUUUUAUUUGUGUGAUCAACAGCGAUGAGUAUGAAUGUGAUGCAUUUAUUGCUGUACAUAAAAUCCUAAGUUCCUGCUAAAUUUAAUGUUAUUAAACUAUAUGCUCUCUAGGAAGCAUGAAGGAAUUAAUAGACCCAUCACAAACAGACAUACUAAAUCUCUUUACCUACCUAUUAAUAUAGUUGGGAGUAAAAUUUAGAGGUUUAAGACAAAAUGCAAACUUUAAAGAAAACGAGCGAAAAAUCGAGGAAAGAAAAAUCUAGGGACGCGGAAAUCUCCACAAAAAACUCGCAAGAUGAAAAACUUAAAAAAAUAUCGCACAAUGUUACUACUCCACGAAGUUACAUGCAAAAGUCAUCUACGGCAGAUAUUUACGGACAAAGGAAUAAGAACGUAGUAUCAGGUGCAAAAGCUCCUAAAAAGUUAGUAAAUGCUUCGUACAAGUCUAGCGACGGAUCCCCAAUGAGAGAUUUGCUCAAAUCUUCAUCAUCGUCCGUUAGUGUAGCCAGUAGAUCUGAUGCUAGACUUAAAAAAGUAGAGGCUAAGGCAACUCCACGUAAGCCCACAAAAGUUGAAGCCAAGGCCACGCCACGCUUAACAACAAAAGUCGAGGCAAAAGCAACACCACGUACUACCCGGGAAACCCCAAGAAGGAAUUUACCUUUUUCAAACGUAACAGUCAGCUCUCCGAUUGUGAAAAGAAAAUUGAAUUUAGAAGAUGAGCCUCCUAGUCCUAAAGUAAGUAUAAAAAAGGUGGAACGCGAGAAACCUAAUAGAUCAAUCAGCGAAGCCUUGGACAAAAUUAAAAGCAAGCAGAGUGCACAAAAAAACGUAGAUUUAGUAUUUGAGAGACAAAGAACUAAAACUCGAACAUUGGAGGAGGAUGAGGUAAAAAUGUUAACACCUGACGCGGUGGACAACAAUGAGGGCAUGAUGAAUUUGUCUCGAAAAUUAACAGCUCAGCCAAAAGCAUUUUUUGUUGAUUUAGAAGAGGGAGAAAAAAAGAAUAAAAAUAACGUGCCAAGUGAAGAGGAAGUCAGCUAUGAAGACGAUUUUGAAAGUUAUGAAUCUGAUUUCGAAUCGUAUCACAGCGAAAGUAUUGAUGAUAAGUCGUCACACGGCACGGAGUCUAGUGAGCAAAAUGUAGAGAGUGACGACCACGAAGAAGCCCAUAAUGAUGCUCACAUAGAUAGUGUGAAAGAGGUACGAGAUGAGGAAAGGAUGCUGGAUUCCGGUAGUUACGAUUUACGAGACCGUUCGGCAAAGUCUAAGCCACCAAUAAUGGAGAAUAUCAUGGAAGAUGAAGAUACGGAAGACGGCGGCAACAAGAAGGUGUCGCUCCCAGACGAGGGGUUCCAAGAGAUGAGCAGCUCGAGUGCUGUGUCUAGUCUGAAGACUGUGCACGUCGACGUGCUGGAGCGACCUCUGUUCAUAGAUUUCAAGAAAUCAAAGGAGGCCAAAAGAAAGCGUCGCAUUUUCGAACGUUUAAAAAAACGGGCUGAAGAUUUGCUCGGUAUGAUUUCCCUACACGAAAUGACCUACUCUCUCUUCGAAAUGAAACCAAUAUCAUAUGAUUCGUUUAUGAUUGCGUUCGGAAGAGAAAACUAUUUGCAAACUGGCGUUCAGACUUUUGAUGAUGGAAUCGCUGAAGAGGUACAAACUGAUGAAAUAAUGCGCGUCCAUAAGUGGACUCAAAAUCCUGUAAAAUUUUCAAACAGCGACGUAUAUUUAAAUUAUGAGAGAAAAGAGAGAAAAUAUAGUGUGGUCACGGUAGAUUAUUUGACGAAAUUCUCAUUUUUGACACAAAAACAUGAAAAACCAGACAUUGACAAUGAAGUACAAAAUAAUGAAAACUACAAACGAAAUCCAUUGAGGAUAUAUUUAGAACAGAGAGACGGCGUCGGCUCGAGCGAAAUGUUGUCCUAUGAAAAAUAUAAAGCGGCAAUAAAGAACAAACAAUACGACUCUUAUAAGCUCGGGAGAUUCUUGAAGAAGAUAGAAAGUAGAGUCAGUAAUAUGUUAAGUUUAAAUACUAGUAAGGCUGACCUGGACCUAAUAAAGACUAAACUGCCGUUUAGUAAAGGAUAUACGUCAUUGAAUAUAAAAAGUAUAUCGGACGAAAAUUAUGUUUUUUUAAAACAGACAACAAUUAGUUUAUUGUUUUUUUCUGAGAGUAAAACCAACCUCAUUAUGACAGUACAUAAACAGAAUUCAAUAAAUAAAUGUUUGAUGUGUCUUUGGGAUGCGAGUGUCGUCAGACGAGAACCGACGAAGAUGUUGAUAUCUGUCGAUAGUGUUGUGAUUGGGAGAUUUAGAGGCAGCACUGAAGGCAUCGUCGUGGCCGGCUUGAAAGAUGGAACGAUACAUUUGUGGGACAUGUCGGAAGAGCCGUCUUACAUUCCUAAUACUAAUGAAGAAGCGGAAUCAAACAAACUGACAGACGUGAAUCUGGAAAAUCUUACGGAGAUUGAGAAGGAUCGAGAAUGGAAUCUAAAGAAUAGUGACGUGAAGAAUGAACAGCAGUUCGACAUACUACAUUGCCCGUUACAAGCUUGCGCAUACACAAGCAGUGCACAAGUAAUGAGCACAGGUGAGGUAUCGGACAAGAUAGUCGGCCUAGAGUUCACGUCGCCUAAAUCGAUCACGUUGGAUGGAAAGAGACGGAUUGUGGGCCAGGUUGUUUCUCUACAAAGCACUGGUGUUCUCAUGAUGUGGACCAUAGUACAGGAGAAGACCUCAACGAAUACAGACCUAGGAAAAGCUUACUGGUCCAAAAUGAAGUUGGAGAAAUCACAAACAAUACAUUUGAAUGAACAUAUUGACAACUCUUUCGCAGAUAAUAGAGCUAAAAUGGAAUGUUUUAGUCUAAAUUCCGCUAAAAAGAGAUUGAUGAACAAGAAAUAUGAAAAGAGUGUAUCCAAAAAUGCGCGGCAAAAAUCUGCGGCCAUUAAUUUUGGCGUUGGCAGGUCGUCGAGAGCUACCAGCGCCAGGAACAGAAUAGACAAUAAAAUGUUGCCAGUACAAAAUGUUUUCAAUAGUGGUUUAAUAUGCAACGAUUUGAAAAUAAUGACAGUAGAGGAGGUGGAAAACAUUUUAGUUGCAAAAAACUGCGGCGAGGUUCUGUGCUGUAAAAGAUAUUUUGGAGUUUUUAAAGUGCAAAGGUUUUCUGUUGCCAAUGAGGUGUCGUCAGUGACGAGCCUUCAAGUGUCGCCGCACGGUCUACCACAUUUCUUGGCGGCCACCGAUGUUGGUGCUGUAAAUCUGUGCUCUUUACUCGAGAAGAAAGUCCUGCAUACGCUUGACUGCAGAAACGUGCCUCCAGCGAGGGAGACUACAGAAAAAUACCAUUUAGAUGUCAAAGGCAGAUUUGUUGGUAGCGUUUCUGUAAGCAGUGAGACGCAGACGAUGGAAACGAAAGGUGCUUCAAAGAUGUUUGUGACGUCACUUCUCUGGUCGCAUGUCAAUCCGUGUUGCAUAUACGCAGUCCUGAGGGAUGGCGUGAUCGUCUCGUGGGACUUGUCCCAGAGCGAUAUCUAUGGGCGAACGGGUGGCGAGCGAGCGAGGGUUGUUGCGGCCGGAGAUAACGUCAUGGCGAUACUGACCAGCGACGAUGAAGUACAAAUACACAGGUUCACAGACGAACGAAGGAGUAAAGAAAAUUUGGAGUUAUUUAGAAAAUAUAUUAAGUUGUUAUAGAAUCUCAAAACUUUAUAAAUCUUUUUGUUGAAUAAGGAAUCAUUAGGUAUAUUAUAUUUUGAACAGAAACCGCCUCGAAGUUAUAGAUAUAGGAAUAGAAUGAUCGAACACCGCACAUAUAAUAUAAUAGUGGUUAGUAUUCAAACAUUCCAGAGAACCAAAUACCGGACUCAUUACAGCGCCCAUUAAAUAGAUCCCUGUUUAGUUAGAGGGCAAAAAUAGGCAAAAAAAAAAUUGUACUAAAAAAAAUUACGUACAAAAAGGAGAACGUGUCAAUUUUCUAUCAGAACUACUGUUUAGGGUAUCUGUUAUAAAGUGUAAACAUUGAGAAUAAAAUAAAAAACACAUGCGCUUAUAAAUAAGUUUUUUUAAAUUUCGCAUUAAAUAUAAAAACAUCUUCAUUUACAAGUUUCUAUUGCUAAGUUCAGUUUAAAAUGGCUAUGAGUUGGAUAAAAAUGUUUCACAGACUAUUUAGUUUCGGGCUCAUCGCGUCUAGAGAGCAUUUUUAUAAAAUGUUUCUUAAAAUAUUGAAUAGGCCUGUUAUGAAAGCGGGGAGUGCUGUUUAUGAAGGGACCACGUGGGUACCCAGCGGGCCUGUGUGAUUGCUUCAUCUCCGCAUUAAUGACUAAAUUAUCUUCUGGUCGUGGCGUGUUGAAGGCACGUGAUGACGGCGGAAAAGUCCGCACCCACGGAUUUAAUUACUUCGACCGCAGUCGCACCUUGUAAUCUUAAA